GAAUCAGGACUUGGUGCUGCUGGUUUGCUCUUGCCCAGCGUGUCUCGGGAGGGGAAGAGUUGGGAGGUUUAAACUGCUGAGGAAAACUAAGUUAAAUUUUACUGGAAAAAAGAAAACCUGCAGCAAUAAAAACGGAGUGUCUGUAUAUGGCCCUGGUGAGAAGGCAAAGCCCAGCAUUACUGCACUGAAAUUUCAGGUCCCCGUUAUUUAGUAUCCACUCACAAUGGCGGACUCUGAGGAUGAGUAUGGUGAUUAUGGGGACGAAGAAGAAGAAGUUGAGUAUUACUAUACAGAAGAAUAUGUUGUUGAGACCACCACCAAAGAGUACCGUUAUGGGGGCACUACCACGGAGUCACGCACUGUAGAGGUAACCCCCUCUGUAGAGGUAGCCUACUCUACGAAGCCAGAACCACAACCUGUAACUACAGGCCCCUCAGGACUCCCUGUCAGACAUGCUCCAAAGAAGAGGAAAGUGGAUGCCAGGAAAUUCAUGACCCCAUAUUUGGCUCAUAGUAAAAAAAUGCAAGGCAUCUUCAGCCAGAAUAAGUACAAAGAACAAUAUGAAAAGGAAAAAGGACAGCCAGUUGCCUUUACUCCUGACACUCCAGAGCUUCGUAGAAUCAGAAAGGUUCAACAACAGCUCAGUGAGGUUAAGUACCGUAUGGAAGGUGAUAAAGCUAAGACAAUGUGUCACGUUGAUGAACAGGCACGGGAUUUGGAACAUGCCAAAAAAGUAUCACAGAUCGUCAGUAAGGUUUUGUACACGCAAGACUGGGAAGAUACCAAAGAGAAGUACCUGCUCCCCCCCGAUGCACCUGAAUUUGUACGUGCGGUGAGGAAUGCAGCCAAUGUUAGCAAGAAACUAUACACAGAAGCUUGGGAUGAAGACAAGACAAUGUUUCUUCCUUACUCCGAGAGCCCAGAGCUUACCAGAGUUGCAAAUGCUCAAAAAGCUCUCAGUGAUAUUCUGUACAAAAAGGGACACGCAGAAAGAACAGCCAAAUAUACUUCACUACCAGACCCACCAGAUGUAGUCCAGGCCAAGCAAAAUGCCAUGAACCUAAGUGAUCUGAAAUACCAUGAAGAUUAUAAAAAUAAGAUUAAAGGCAAGUGGACCCAGACUCCUUGCUAUGAUGUUAUAAUUGCAAAAAUGAAUGCACGAAACCUCAGCACAAAAAAGUACCAGGAAGACUAUGAGGCAAUGAAAGACCAACUCUACUUUAUGCAGACUGAAACUCCAGAGUACAAGGUUAACAAACAAGCAGGACGUGCUCUUAGCCAGGUGCAGUAUAAGAAAGACUUUGAAAAGAAUAAAGCCACUGCAGAUUAUAAUGUCCUACCUGCUACAGAGAACCCUCUACUGCGUCAUUUGAAAGCAGUUGGAACAGCAUUGAGUGAUAAACAAUACAAGCAAAAUUAUGAAAAAGCAAGAGGAACAAGCAUUAAUUACUGUAUUACUCCAAAAUUCCAAAUCGAUAAAGUGCUUUCAAACUUCACAGAUAUGCGGUAUAAAACGGAUUAUGAAGAUAGAAUUAAAGGGCAUUAUAUAGGCAGCUUUGAAGAUCCAUACAUGAGGCAUUGUAUGAAAGUUGCAGAUAUAAAGAGUGACAGAAAUUAUAAAGCUGACUAUGAAGAGGAUAAGACCAAAUGCUACUUCCCUCAGACCGUUACCCCAGAAUACGAAGCCAUAAAGAAAUCAUACCAGUGUAAAGAUUAUGUGUACAGACAGCAUCCUGACAAGACACAGUUCACAAACCCUCCUGACUCACCCAUAUUCGUACAAGCGAAAAUUAAUGCAAAACAGCUGAGUGAUCUCAACUACAAAGCUGAUCAUGAAGCAGAGAAAUUUAAGUGCCACAUUCCACCAGAUACACCACAACUACUACAAAGUAAAGUCAAUGCUUACAACCUCAGCGAUAAAUGGUACAAAUAUGACUGGGAGAAAGCCAAAGCAAAGAAUUGUAAAAUACAAGUUGAUGCAAUUCCUCUUCUUGCUGCCAAAGCGCAAAGUAAUAUUAGUAGUAAUGUGAAAUAUAAGAAAGAUUAUGAGAAGAACAAAGGCAAGAUGGUUGGUGCACUCAGUAUUCAGGACGACCCAAAGAUUCUGCAUUCCGUACACGUGGCUAAAAUUCAGAGUGAUAGAGAAUACAAGAAAGAUUAUGAAAAAACAAAAACAAAAUACCAUACUCCACUAGACAUGGUCACAGUUACUCUAGCUAAGAAGGCCCAAGAGAUUGCCAGCAAUAUGGAUUACAAGCAACCAAUUCAUCGUUACAUCUACCCACCUGACAGCAUUGCGGUGGACAGAGCAAAGAGAGCCAACAAUCUGCAGAGUGAUAUUGAGUAUAAAUCUGAUUAUAACAGCUGGUGUAAAGGAGUUGGUUGGAUUCCCUAUGGCUCUAUGGAUGUAGAAAAGGUCAAAAAAGCUGGAGAUAUCCUGAGUGAGAGAAAAUACAGACAGCACCCGGACACUGUGAAAUUCACACAGAUUGAAGAUGACCCUCUGGUAGUACAAGCUAAAAUAAACCAGGGACAGAGGAGUGAUCUGAAAUAUAAAGCAGAAGGAGAAAAGAUAAUUCAUACAUACCAUCUUCCACCAGAUACUCCAGAAUUACUUCAAGCCAAAGUUAAUGCCUACAAUUAUAGCCCGAAUAUAUACAAGUAUGACUGGAAAAGGGAUAUAUUAAAGGGAUACGAUCUUGGAGUUCAUGCGAUUCCUGUUGUUGCUGCGAAAGCUGCAAGAAGAGUGGCCAGUGAUGUGGAAUACAAGAAGGCAUAUGUGAAAGAGAAGGGAAAAAUUGUUGGUUUCCGCAGCUUGCAAGAUGAUCCUAAACUGGUCCUCUGCAUGAGUGUUGCUAAAAUGCAGUCUCCAAGAGAAUAUACAAAGGACUAUGAAAAAUCCAAGACAAAAUAUAAUACUCCAUUGGAUAUGGUCAAUGUUGUGGCGGCAAAGAAGGCCCAGGACAUUGCCAGCAAUGUUCACUAUAAACAACUGAUUCACCAGUACACAUACCUGCCUGACAAUAUGAGUGUCGAACUUGCUAAGAAGGGAAUGGAUAUUCAGAGCGAUCUUAAUUAUAAGGCAGACUACAAUUCUUGGAUGAGAGGUGUAGGAUGGAUUCCCCUUGAUUCCUUGGAUGUGGAGAAAGCUAGGAAAGCUGGUUUAGCUCUGAAUGAGAGAAAAUAUCGUCAGCACCCAGACACAAUCAAAUUCACCAGUAUUUUGGACACACCAGUUCUGGUACAGGCUAAAGUGAAUGCACAACAGUUAAGUGACAAAAUCUACAAAUCUGGAGGAGAAGACAUCAUACAUAAAUAUACUUUGCCACCCGAUGUUCCAGAGUUUAUCCAGGCCAGAUAUAAUGCUGCUAACAUCAGUAACAAAUACUACAAACAAGACUGGCUGAAAACUGUGGCUAAAGGGCACCAUGUAAUGGGUGAUGCAAUACCAAUCACAGCGGCCAAAGCAUCACGAAACAUCGCCAGUGAUUACAAAUACAAGGAAGCAUAUCAGAAGGCAAGAGGAAAGCAUGUCGGUUUCCGCAGCCUACAGGAUGAUCCUAAACUGGUCCACUACAUGCAAGUUGCAAAGAUGCAGUCCGAACGGGAGUACAAGAAGGAUUAUGAGAAGACAAAGACAAAGUACCAUACGCCUCUGGACAUGUUCAGUGUUGUAGCUGCAAAGAAGGCCCAGGAAGUCAGUACCAAUGUGAACUACAAACAGCCAAUUCACCAAUACACCCUCCUGCCCGAUGCAAUGAAUUUUGAACUUUCAAGAAACAGGAUGCAUAUUCAGAGUGAUAAUGAAUACAAGGAAGAUUAUAACGCCUGGUUUAAAGGUAUUGGCUGGAGUCCCAUUGGUUCUUUGGAUGUUGAAAAGGCCAGAAAAGCUGGAGAUGCUCUUAAUGAAAGGAAGUACAGGCAACACCCUGAAACCCUCACCUUCUCAUGUCCACUGGAUUCUAUGAGCAUUGAGUUGGCACGGCAAAAUACCAAGCAGCUGAGUGACUUGAACUACAAGGCUCCUGGUGAAAAAGUAAAACACAAGUACACAUUACCUACUGACUUCCCAGGAUUCCUGCAAGCAAAGGUUAAUGCUCACAACCUGAGUGAGUCUCAGUAUAAAUUGGGAUGGAAGAAAACUAUUGCCAAGGGCUAUGACUUGCGCGAGGAUGCUAUCCCUAUUGUCGCUGCCAAAGCUUCUAGGAAUAUUGCUAGUGACUACAAAUACAAGGAAGCAUAUCAGAAGGCAAGAGGAAAGCAUGUCGGUUUCCGCAGCCUACAGGAUGAUCCUAAACUGGUCCACUACAUGCAAGUUGCAAAGAUGCAGUCUGAACGGGAGUACAAGAAGGAUUAUGAGAAGACAAAGACAAAGUAUCAUACGCCUCUGGACAUGUUCAGUGUUCUAGCUGCAAAGAAGGCCCAGGAAGUCAGUACCAAUGUGAACUACAAACAGCCAAUUCACCAAUACACCCUCCUGCCCGAUGCAAUGAAUGUCGAAUUAACUAGGAAUAUGAACUACAUUCAAAGUGAUCUUGCUUACAAAAUGGACUAUAACAGCUGGUUUAAAGGAAUCGGUUGGGUGCCAGCUGGAUCUCUAGAUGUUGAGAAGGCCAGAAAAGCAACAGAUAUACUCAAUGAGAGGAAAUACCGCCAACAUCCAGAAUCACUCACAUUUACAAGUCCACUUGACUCUUUGGAAAUGGAACGUACUAGAACUAAUGCUCAUACUAUUAAUAAAAGACUUUAUACUGAGGCUUGGGAACGUGAUAAAGUCAAGAUUCAUGUCAUGCCUGACACACCAGAAAUUCUGCAGUCCAGAGUGAACCAAUUCAAUACAAGUGAGAAAAUUUACAGACAAGCCUGGGAAGAAACAAAGAAAAAAGGAUAUGACCUGAGACCUGAUGCUAUAUCAGUGAAGGCUGCAAAGGCCUCCCGAGACAUCGCCAGUGAUUAUAAAUACAAACAUGCUUAUGAGAAAGCAAGAGGCAAGCACAUUGGCUUCCGCAGUCUACAGGAUGAUCCAAAGCUUGUUCAUUUCAUGCAAGUUGCCAAAAUGCAGUCUGAACGGGAGUACAAGAAAGACUUUGAGAAAACUAAAACAAAGUUCCACAGCCCAGUGGACAUGUUCAGCAUCGUUGCUGCCAAGAAAGGCCAAGAAGUGGCUACUGGUACAAACUACAAGCAGCUAAUCCGUAACUACACCUUGUUACCAGAUGCCAUGAACAUAGAGCUGAACAGAAACAGGAUGGAAAUACAGAGUGAUAACUUGUAUAAGGCAGAUUUCACAGGUUUCUUAAGAGGACUUGGGUGGGUUCCAAUAGGCUCUUUGGAUCAUGAGAAAAACAAAAAAGCCUCUGAUAUCCUGAAUGAAAGAAAGUAUCGUCAGCAUCCAGAGACCUUGAAAUUUACAAGCCCACUUGAUUCUCUGGAAAUGGUUCUAGCACAGACUAAUGCCAAGACACUCAACAAGCAUCUAUACCAUGAAUCCUGGGAAAAAGACAAAACGCAAAUUCACAUUAUGCCAGACGCACCGGAAUUUCUGCUGGCCAGAGCAAAUGCAUUCAAUAUUAGUCAGAAACAGUAUAAAAGUGCCAUGGAAGAAGCUAAGAAGAAAGGGUAUGACCUAAGAGCAGAUGCAAUUUCCGUAAAAGCUGCCAGAGCUUCUAGAGACAUUGCAAGUGAUUACAAAUACAAGGAAGCAUAUCAGAAGGCAAGAGGAAAGCAUGUCGGUUUCCGUAGCCUACAGGAUGAUCCUAAACUGGUUCACUACAUGCAAGUUGCAAAGAUGCAGUCCGAACGGGAGUACAAGAAAGAUUAUGAGAAGACAAAGACAAAGUACCAUACGCCUCUGGACAUGUUCAGUGUUGUAGCUGCAAAGAAGGCCCAGGAAGUCAGUACCAAUGUGAACUACAAACAGCCAAUUCACCAAUACACCCUCCUGCCCGAUGCAAUGAAUGUACAAUUAACUAGGAACAUGAACUACCUUCAAAGUGAUAUUGCCUACAAAGAAGAUUAUAAUUCAUGGUUUAAGGGUAUUGGCUGGGUACCAGUUGGUUCCUUGGAUGUGGAGAAAGCCAAGAAAGCUACUCAAAUCCUCAGUGAAAGACAGUACCGCCAGCAUCCAGAAACACUCAAAUUCACAAGUGAUCUUGAAGCAAUGAAUUUUGUUCUUGCUAAAAACAAUGCAGUGACUAUGAAUAAGCACCUCUACACAGAAGCUUGGGAAAAGGAUAAAACCAAGAUCCAUGUAAUGCCAGAUACCCCUGACAUUCUACAAGCCAAACUGAACAAGGUUACUUUUAGUGAGAAAGCAUACAGGAGUGGAUGGGAAGAUGCAAAGAAGAAAGGAUAUGACCUCAGAGUUGAUGCAAUAUCAAUAAAAGCAGCAAAAGCUUCUAGGGAUAUUGCCAGUGAAUAUAAGUACAAACAAGCAUAUCGCAAGCAGCAAGGCCACCAUGUUGGAUUCCGCAGCAUACAAGAUGAUCCUAAACUGGUUUGGGCUAUGCAUAUCGCCAAGGUCCAGAGUGACAGAGAGUAUAAGAAGAACUUUGAAAAGACAAAAACAAGUUUCAACAUGCCAGUAGACAUGCUGGGUUUCCUUCUGGCCAAGAAAUGCCAGACUCUUGUCAGUGACAUUGACUACCGACACUACCUGCACCAGUGGACAUGUCUGCCAGACCAAAAUGAUGUCAUCCAUGCCAGAAAGGCUUAUGAACUACAAAGUGAUCUCGCUUAUAAGGCAGACCUGCAGUGGCUCAAAGGCUUAGGAUGGGUACCAGCUGGAUCACUGGAAGCUGAAAAGAACAAGAAAGCUGGAGAAGUUCUGAGUGAGAGAAAGUAUCGUCAGCACCCCGAAACCCUCAAAUUUACAAGUCUGCCUGACUCUAUGGACAUGGUUUUGGCCAAAACCAAUGCCCUGCAGAAGAAUGAGCGACUCUAUAAAGAGGCCUGGGAAAGGGACAAGAUACAUAUCCACUCAGUCGCAGAUACUCCAGAAAUGGUUCAGUCUAAAAUUAAUCUGGUCAACAUUAGUGAGAAACUUUACAAAUCCGGAUUUGAGGAGAUGAAGAAGAAGGGCUAUGACCUCAGAAAUGAUGCAAUCUCAGUCAAAGCUGCUAGGGCAUCAAGAGACAUCGCCAGUGAUUACAAAUACAAGGACGCUUAUCGCAAACAGAGAGGUCAUCUCAUUGGUUACCGCAGCAUACAAGAUGAUCCUAAACUGGUUUGGGCUAUGCAUGUUGCCAAGAUCCAGAGUGACAGAGAGUAUAAGAAGAACUUUGAAAAGACGAAAACAAGUUUCAACAUGCCAGUAGAUAUGCUGGGUUUCCUUCUAGCCAAGAAAUGCCAGACUAUCGUCAGUGACAUUGACUACCGACACUAUCUGCACCAGUGGACAUGUCUACCAGAUCAAAGUGAUGUCAUACAGGCUAGAAAGGCUUAUGAUCUACAGAGUGAUAUAUUAUACAAAUCAGACUUGCAGUGGAUAAAAGGACUGGGAUGGAUACCUGCUGGUUCGCUGGAAGAUGAGAAAAACAGAAAAGCUGGAGAAAUUUUAAGUGAGAGAAAAUACAGGCUGCAUCCUGAGAAGCUCAAAUUCACCAGCACAUAUGAUGCUAUGCCGAUGGUUUUAGCCAAAGCCAACGCUCUUAACCUGAACAAGCGUCUCUAUACUGAAGCAUGGGACAAAGACAAGACCAAAAUCCACAUCAUGCCUGACACCCCAGAGAUCGAACUUUCAAAACAAAACAAAAUCAACUUCAGCCAGAAACUCUACAGACUUGGAUGGGAACAAGCAAAGAGGAAAGGAUAUGAUAUGCGAGCAGAUGCUAUCCCUAUAACUGCAGCUCGAGCUUCUAGAGAUAUUGCAAGUGAUUAUAAAUAUAAGCAAGCGUACCGCAAGCAGCAAGGCCACCAUGUUGGAUUCCGCAGCAUACAAGAUGAUCCUAAACUGGUUUGGGCUAUGCAUGUCGCCAAGAUCCAGAGUGAGAGAGAGUAUAAGAAGAACUUUGAAAAGACGAAAACAAGUUUCAACAUGCCAGUAGAUAUGCUGGGUUUCCUUCUGGCCAAGAAAUGCCAGACUCUCGUCAGUGACAUAGACUACCGACACUACCUGCACCAGUGGACGUGUCUGCCAGACCAAAAUGAUGUCAUUCAAGCUAGGAAAGCCUAUGAGCUACAGAGUGAUAAUGCCUAUAAGGCUGACUUGCAGUGGCUGAAAGGAAUAGGCUGGGUACCAGUUGGGUCCCUGGAUGUUGAGAAAGUUAAGAAAGCAGGAGAUAUUCUAAGUGAAAGAAAGUAUCGUCAGCACCCAGAAAAUCUGAAGUUCACAAGUCCAGUCGAUUCCAUGAGCAUGGUUCUGGCGAAGACAAAUGCAGAUACAAUAAACAAGCGUUUGUACACAGAGGCUUGGGAAAAAGAUAAGACAUCAAUCCAUAUAAUGCCAGAUACACCAGAAAUUACACUGGCAAGACAGAAUAAACUCAACUACAGCCAUAAACUCUACAGGCUUGGAAUGGAAGAGGCCAAGAAGAAGGGUUAUGACUUGCGAGCAGAUGCCAUAUCUGUCAAAGCUGCCAAAGCGUCCAGAGAUAUCGCCAGUGAUUAUAAAUACAAACAAGCAUAUCGCAAGCAACUAGGCCACCUCGUUGGAUGUCGCAACUUGCAGGAUGAUCCUAAAAUGGUGUGGUCAAUGCAUGUCGCCAAGAUCCAGAGUGACAGAGAAUAUAAGAAAAACUUUGAAAAGAGCAAAACAAGCUACAAUUCUCCAGUGGACAUGCUCGGCAUUUUACUUGCUAAGAAAUGCCAGACCUUGGUCAGUGACAUUGACUACCGCACUUACCUACAUGAGUGGACAUGUCUCCCAGAUCAGAAUGAUGUCAUUCAAGCCAGGAAGGCCUAUGAUCUACAGAGCGAUAUUAUAUACAAGUCGGAUGAACAGUGGUUGAAAGGUAUAGGCUGGGUUCCCAUUGGAUCACUUGAUGUUGAAAAGGCAAAGAAAGCUGCUGAAAUUCUGAGUGAAAGGAAUUACCGCCAGCACCCUGAAACCCUCAAGUUUACCAGCAUACCUGACUCGAUGGAUCUGGUGCUUGCAAAGACAAAUGCUGUGAACAUCAACAAGCGUCUCUACACUGAAGCUUGGAAUGCUGACAAAACUACAAUCCAUGUAAUGCCUGAUACACCAGAAAUCAUGCUUUCAAAGCAAAAUAGAAUCAAUUUUAGUGAGAAAUUAUAUAAACUUGCCAUGGAAGAAUCAAAGAAGAAAGGUUAUGAUUUGCGGGCUGAUGCAAUUUCUGUCCGUGCCGCAAAAGCAUCAAGAGAUAUUGCAAGUGAGUAUAAAUACAAGGAAGCAUAUCGCAAGCAGCAAGGCCACCAUGUUGGAUGCCGUAGCAUACAAGAUGAUCCAAAACUGGUUUGGGCUAUGCAUGUCGCCAAGAUCCAGAGUGACAGAGAGUAUAAGAAGUUCUUUGAAAAGAGCAAAACAAGCUUUAACACCCCAGUUGACAUGCUGAGCAUCUUGCUUGCUAAAAAAUGCCAGACGUUGGUCAGUGACAUUGACUACCGCACUUACCUUCAUCAGUGGACAUGUCUUCCUGACCAGAAUGAUGUCAUACAGGCUAAGAAAGCCUAUGAACUUCAAAGCGAUAAUAUGUACAAGGCAGAUAUGGAAUGGAUAAAAGGAUGUGGAUGGAUUCCUGUUGGAUCCCUAGAUGUUGUGAAAGCGAAGAAUGCUGCAGACAUCUUAAGUGAGAGAAAAUAUCGCCAGCGUCCAGACACCAUGAAGUUUACCAGCAUUUUGGACUCUCUAGAUCUAAUUCUUGCUAAAAACAAUGCACAACAAAUCAGUCAACGUCUGUAUCGUGAGGCUUGGGAUGCUGACAAAAGGACAAUUCAUGUCAUGCCAGAUACUCCAGAAAUCAUGCUGGCAAAGAGUAAUUCUGUUAAUGUAAGCCAGAGGCUUUAUAAACAGGCUUUUGAAGAGAGCAAGAAGCAAGGCUAUGACCUAAGAGCUGAUGCUAUUUCCAUCAAGAGUGCCAAAGCUUCAAGAGAUAUUGCUAGUGAUUAUAAGUACAAACAAGCACAUGAGAAACAGAAAGGUCAUCUCAUUGGAUUCCGUAGCGUUAAGGACGAUCCAAAGAUGGUGUGGUCGAUACAUGUAAAUAAGAUACAAAGUGAUCGGGAGUACAAGAAAGACUUUGAGAAGUGGAAGACGAAGUUCAACUCCCCAGUGGACAUGCUGGGCAUCUUGCUUGCUAAGAAAUGUCAGACCUUGGUCAGUGACAUUGACUACCGCACUUACCUUCACCAAUGGACAUGUAUGCCUGACCAGAAUGAUGUCAUCCAGGCUAAGAAAGCCUAUGAGCUUCAAAGUGAUUGGAUUUAUAAGACAGAUAUGGAGUGGAUUCGUGGUUGUGGCUGGAUGCCCCAUGGUUCUUUAGAAGUGAAAAAAGUACAGAAAGCUCAAGAGAUCCUUAAUGACCGGCUGUAUCGCCAGCACCCUAGCACAGUGAAAUUCACUAGCAUUGUUGAUCUACCAUCAAUUGUGCUGGCAAAGACCAAUUCAGAUCAGAUCAGUGAUAGAAAGUAUAAAGAAGCCUGGGAUGUAGAUAAGAGAACUAUCCAUGUGAUGCCUGACACUCCUGCAAUUAUGCUGGCAAAGGCCAAUGCUAUUAAUGUCAGUGAUAAACUGUACAGAGAAGCAUGGGAUGAUGUUAAGAAGUCAAUUAACGUGAAACCCGAUGCUGUUUCUAUAGUGGCUGCCAAAACUUCAAGGGAUAUUGCCAGCGAUUACAAGUACAAACAAGCACAUGAGAAACAGAAAGGUCAUCUCAUUGGAUUCCGUAGCGUUAAGGACGAUCCAAAGAUGGUGUGGUCGAUACAUGUAAAUAAGAUACAAAGUGAUCGGGAGUACAAGAAAGACUUUGAGAAGUGGAAGACGAAGUUCAACUCCCCAGUGGACAUGCUGGGCAUCUUGCUUGCUAAGAAAUGCCAGACCUUGGUCAGUGACAUUGACUACCGCACUUACCUUCACCAAUGGACAUGUCUGCCUGACCAGAAUGAUGUCAUCCAGGCUAGGAAGGCUUAUGAGCUUCAAAGCGAUUGGGUAUACAAAUCAGAUAUGGAGUGGAUUCGUGGCUGUGGCUGGAUGCCCAAUGACUCUCUGGAAGUGAAAAAAGUACAGAAAGCUCAAGAGAUACUUAAUGACCGUCUGUAUCGUCAACACCCUAGCACAAUGAAAUUCACUAGCAUAGUUGAUCUACCCUCAGUCGUGUUAGCAAAAACCAAUGCGGACCAGAUUAGUGAUAUGAAAUACAAAGAAGCCUGGGAGAAGGAUAAGACCUCCAUCCAUGUAAUGCCAGACACUCCUGCAAUCAUGUUGUCCAAGGCAAAUGCUAUUAACGUCAGCGGUAAACUUUACAGACAAGAAUGGGAUAACAUAAAGCCAUUCUAUGACAUGAAACCAGAUGCAAUCGCCAUAAAAUCUGCCAAGGCUUCCAGAGAUAUAGCCAGUGAUUAUAAAUACAAGGCUGCAUAUGAGAAGCAGAGGGGCCACCUCGUUGGAUGUCGCAGCUUGCAGGAUGAUCCUAAAAUGGUGUGGUCUAUACACGUUGCCAAGAUCCAGAGUGACAGAGAGUAUAAGAAGAACUUUGAAAAGUCAAAAACAAGCUUUAACUCCCCAGUGGACAUGCUGGGCAUCUUGCUUGCUAAGAAAUGCCAGACCUUGGUCAGUGACAUCGACUACCGCACUUACCUUCACCAAUGGACAUGUAUGCCUGACCAGAAUGAUGUCAUCCAAGCUAAGAAAGCCUAUGAACUACAAAGUGAUAAUGUUUACAAAUCAGACCUUGAAUGGUUACGUGGGAUUGGAUGGUUUCCAGAUGGCUCCAUUGAAGUUAAAAAAGUACAGAAUGCUCAGAUGAUCUUAAGCGAUAGAAACUAUCGCGUUAAAGUUGAUGAUCAGAAGUUUACACCAGUAACAGAUAGAGUUGACUACGUCACAGCAAAACAGGGUGCUGAAAUUCUGAAUGAUUACAAGUACCGUGAAGCUUGGAACAGAGAUAAAGUUAAAUAUACAAUGGUUGAUACACCACACUUUGCUAUGGCACGAGAGGCUGCAAAGAAUAUCAAUCAGAAACUGUACAAAGAUGAAUGGGACAAAGAAAAAGCUAUCUGCUACCACAUUCCUGCUGAUGCAGUUGGCCUCCGACAUGCUAAGCAUUCAGACGCAGUUCAGAGUGAGCUGAAAUACAAAGCUGAACAUGUGAAACAGCUUGGCCACUAUGUUGGUGUCAAAACCUUCAAAGAUGAUCCAAAACUGGUGUGGUUCAAACACGUGGCUGAAAUGCAGAAUGACCGAUUAUAUAAGAAAGAAUUUGAGAAGUAUAAGACGAAGUUCCAAUCACCUGUGGACAUGCUUGGUGUCUUGUUGGCCAAGAAAUGCCAGACCUUAGUUAGCGACAUUGACUACCGUACUUACCUGCACCAGUGGACUUGUUUACCAGAUCAAAAUGAUGUCAUCCAAGCCAAGAAGGCCUAUGAGCUACAGAGUGAUGCUGUGUACAGGUCCGAUCUUGAAUGGCUUCGUGGUUGUGGAUGGAGUGCUGCAGAUUCAGUGGAACAUGUGAAAGUUAGAAAUGCUCAGGCCCUUGUGAAUGCUAGAGAAUACAAGAAGGAUGCUGUGGAUAAUUUUGCUAAAUUUACACCAGUGGUUGAUCUUCCAGAAAUUGUCUUGGCAAAGGUUAACACUGCCAACCUAAGUGAUCUUAAAUACAAAGAGACCUUCUACCAUGACAAAGGAAAGUAUAUUGGAGCUCCUGAUGAUCUUCAUCUGGCCCAUUCAAGAGACGUAGCAAAGAUUUUCAGCAAGAAACUUUAUACAGAUGACUGGGACAGCAGCAAAGCUUUAAGCUACACUUUGGAUUCUCGAUACAUCCCUCUUGUUGGGGCUAAAAACACUGGAAAUGUUGUGAGUCUUCUUAAAUACAAAGAUACAUAUGAGAAGACGAAAGGACAUUACCUGGCGGGUACACAUAUCACAGAUUUCCCCAGUGUUGUACAAUCUCUAGCUGUUGAAAAGAUGAAAAGCAUGUUGAACUACAAGAAAGCUUAUGAACAAACCAAGUUUAAGAACCACAUUCCUGUAGAUAUGAUAAGCCAUGUUCAGGCAAAGAAAUGUCAACACAUCCUCAGUGAAGUUGAAUACCGCACUCGUCUGCACCAGUGGACAUGCCUGCCUGAUAAAACUGAUGUUCUGCAUGCCAGAAAAGCCAACGAGAUUCUCAGUGAUAUCUUCUACAAGGAUGACCUGAACUGGAUAAAAGGAAGUGGCUGCUACAUAUGGGACACACCUGAAAUCUUGCUUGCUAAAAAAGCAUACGAACUUCAGAGCAAUCUUAACUACACAGCUUCUGGAAAAGAGAACUUUAAGAAGUUUACUGUAGUUACCGACACACCCGUCUAUGUGACUGCAGUUCAUAGCUAUGCAAAUGCAAGUGAUCUGAAAUAUAAAGAACAAUACAACAAGACCAGAGACAAGUAUACAACAGUUCUGGACACGAUAGAUUAUCAGAGAACUCAGAACCUAAAAUCCCUUUUCAGCAAUAAUUUGUAUAUUGGAGCGUGGGAAAAAGUGAAGGCCACAAGCUACUCUCUUCCAUCUGAUUCAUUCUCACUAGCCCUUGCAAAGCAACAGAAAAAUAUUGUCAGUUCUCUGAAAUAUCGAGCAGAGUAUGAGAAAUUUAAGGCAAUUUAUACUUUGCCUAAAUCUGUAGAGGAUGAUCCUAAGACAGCAAGAUGUCUUAAAGUUGGCAAACUUCCUCUAGAUCGUCUUUACAAAGCAGAUUAUGAAAAAACUAAAAGCAGGGUUCACAUUAUGCCUGAUAUGUUGGAAAUCAUUGCUGCUAAAGACACACAGAAGAAAGUCAGUGAAAUUGAUUAUCGCAAGUAUCUCCAUGAAUGGACAUGCCUGCCAGACCAGAAAAUUUAUACUCAUGCCAGACAUGUCAACGAACAGCUGAGUGAUAUUAUUUACAAAGAUGACCUGAACUGGAUGAAAGGUAUCGGCUGCUAUGUAUGGGAUACUCCAGAUAUUCUCCAUGCUAAAGCAUCCUAUAAUCUCCGCAGUGAUUACCAAUACAAAGCUAAGGCAGAGGAAAAUAAAAAGAAUUUCACCCCUGUAACUGAUACUCCUGUCUACAAGCAAGCCUUAAUUAGUGCUAGCCAGCUAAGUGACCUUGUGUACCAUCAUGACUACGUGACAAACAUCAAGGGUAAGGCAAUCUCAACUCCUGGAACAGUGGACCUGAACAGAGCACGCCAUGCACACAAGAUCCAAAGCAAUAAACUAUAUACUGAAGCUGUGCAGAAAAUGCUACCAAGUGGAUAUACCCUCCCAGUACAAAGCCCUGCCUUCCAGCUUGCCAAGAAGUCCAGCCUUAUACGCAGUGAUCUGAAAUACAAAGAGGUAUAUGAGCAUACAAAGGCCAAGGCUUAUAAACUGCUUCCAGACAGCGUGAACUUUGUCAACAUCAAGAAGGUUAAUGACAUCCUGAAUCAGCGCCUGUAUCGCCAAGGAUAUGAAAGUCAAAAGGACAAAGUCCACACUAUAUAUCAUACGCCAUAUAUCCUUCAAGCUAAAAAGACACAGGAAAAUCUCAAUGAUCUGAUAUACAGAUCAGAUUUUACCAAGUUACAAGGUCAUAUGAUCUCAAUGCCAAUUACACCUCAACUAAUCCAUCAUCGUUAUGUGGGUGAAAUCACCAGUGAUAACAAAUACAAAGAAGAUUUACAGUGGCUGAGAGGUAUGAGCUGCUUCCUGUACGGUACUCCUGACAUGAUCCGUGCACGUGACUUCCAUAAACGAUGGUCAGAAUACCCCAUUGCAGCUAAGAAAAUGCGUGACAAAUACAGUGUUGUUAUGGACACUCCUGAAUACCGACAUGUACAGGAGCUGAAGACACAUCUGAGUGAGCUGGUUUAUAGAGCUGCUGGAAAAGAAGUGAAGACAAAGUACACACCUGUUUUGGAUAGCGUGGACCUUCGACGAGCCAAACAAGGACAGAAAAUACAGAGUCAGUACCUGUAUAUAGAGUUGGCUAGCAAGCAGAGGCCCCACUAUACUCCUGAAACAAAGACUCCAUCUUUACAACAUGCCAGAACAGUCAAGCAUUUCAGCAGUGAGAAAACAUACAAAGAACAGUAUGAGAAGAUGAAGUUUAGGUAUACAACCAUUGCAGAUACACCUUUCCUCCUUAGAGCUAAAAAAUCUUACGUGAAUGCAAGUGAUCUGCGCUAUAAGGAAACGUAUGAAAGUCAGAAAGGUCGCUACCAUACAGUGAAGGAUGCCCGGGAUAUAGUCUACCAUCGCAAAGUCACAGAUGAUAUAAGCAAUGUAAAGUACAAGGAGAAAUACAUUAGCCAGCUUGGGUUAUGGAGCAACAUUCCAGAUCGACCAGAACACUUCCACCAUCGUUUGGUGACAGAUAAUGUUAGCGACUUCAAAUACAAGGAAGACCUUGAAUCUUUGAAAGGAGUUGGAUGCUAUGUCUGGGACACUCCUGACCUUGUAUUGGCUGGGCAAAACACUCAGCUGUAUAGUAUGUAUAAAUAUCGUGAGUCACAUGAGAAGGAGCGGGGUAAGUUCAAGUGUGAAGCCGAUACACCUAUCGUGAGGCACUGCAAGUACGCAGCCGAGCUUGUCAAUGAGAAAAAAUAUAAGUCUAGCGCCAAGCUGUUGCUACAGCAAGGAUGCAAUGAGAUUCUUCGACCUGACAUGUUGGUUGCACUCUACAACACAGGCAUGUGGAGCAAGUGGAAAUACAGAGAGGACUACGAAAGAGAAAAAGACAAAUACACAACAGUCCUGGACACUCCUGAAAACCAGCGAACUCACAAGGCCAGCAAACAGAUAAGUGAUAUCAUUUACAAGCUGGAAUACAACCAGAACAAAGCCAAAGGUUACACCAUGGUUCAUGAUACUCCAACAUUGUUACACAUGCGUGCAGUCAAGGACAAAAUCAGUCUGCUGAAAUACAAAGAACUGUAUGAAAAGAAUAAGGCAAACUGCAAUUUGUUACCCGAUGCAGUUGAAAUCAAAACCGCCAAAGAAGCCUACAAGGCAAUCAGUAAUCUUGAUUACAAGAAGAAGUAUGAAGCAACCAAAGCUAAAUGGCAAUGGACUGUUGACAGACCAGAUUUCAUUAACAACCAGAGGGCAACCCUGCAGCAGAGUGACUUUGAAUACAAGUGGGACAGAGAACAUCUGAAAGGCUGUAAACUCUCUGUCACUGAUGACAAGAACACUGUGUUGGCCUUGAAGAAUGCCAUAAUGGCUAGUGAUCUAAAGUACAAAGAGAAACAUGAGAAAGAAAGAGGCAUCUAUCAGGCCGUACCUGACACACCACAAAUCCUCCAUGCUAAGUCUGUCAGCAGCUUGGUCUCCGAGAACAAAUACAAAGCUCGUGUAAAGAAGGAACUUCCACAUGGAGCUUUCACAACUUUGCCUGAGACCCGAGAAACAUCACAUAUCAAGGAAGUAUCCAAGCUUCUGAGCGGGAAACUGUACAAAAACAAGUUUGAGAAGGAAAAAGGAAAGUCAAACUACUCUAUAAUGUUUGAACCUCCAGAGGUGAAACACGCAAUGGAAGUUGCCAAGAACCAGAGUAAUGUUGCUUACAAGAAGGAUGCCAAAUCUAAGCUUCAGUAUACUACCAUAGCAGACCGCCCAGACAUUCUGAAAGCAAAGCAGGUCAACAAGUUGGUCAGUGAUAUAAACUACAAAGCUAAGCAUCGUGAAGAAGUUGGCCGUGCUGGAGCCAUAAUAGGCCGUCCAGAUAUCGAACUGGCAAAAGAAGUGUCCAAACUCACAAGCCAGCUGAAGUACAGAGAGAAGUUUGAUAAGACAAUGAAGGGACAGAGACCACAGUUCGAUCCUAAGGAAAGCACAGUAUACAAGACAAUGAAGGAUGCCAACAUAUUUGCUAGCGAGGUAAAAUACAAAUCAGACCUGAAGAAGCUGCACAAACCAGUAUCUGAUAUGUCAGAGUCACUACAAAUGCACCACAUCACAAGUACAAGCAAGCUUUCAAGUGAUUAUGCGUACAAGAAGGAAUUCGAGAAGAGUAAAGGUCACUACCAUGUGGUGCCCGAUACACUUGAGCAGCUCCAUGUGAAAGAAGCCUCAGAACUACAGAGUCAAGUAAAAUAUAAAGAGAAAUAUGAGAAAGAGAAAGGCAAGGCAAUGCUUGACUUCGAGACUCCAGUCUAUAUCACUGCAAAGGAAUCCCAACACAUGCAGAGUGAGAAAGAAUAUAGGAAAGCUUAUGAAGAAACCAUGAAAGGCCAAAAUCUUGUUGGUCUGGAGGUUACACCAUCAAUGUUACAUGUCAGAUAUGCAACCAAACUAUCAAGUGAGAAAGAGUACAAGAAAGAUCUAGAGGAAGAAAUCAAAGGUAAAGGUCUUACAGUGUUGGAGGAGACUCCAGAUCUCCUGAGAGCGAAGAAUGCUACUCAAAUUCUAAAUGAGAAAGAAUACAAGAAAUCAUUAGAAGAAGAAAUCAGAGGAAGAGGUCUUUUGGCCCUGGCUUCAGAUACGCCUGACUUCAUGAGAGCCAGGAAUGCAACUGACAUUCUUAGCCAGACUAAAUACAAGCAGACAGCUGAGAUGGACAGAUCAAGCUACACAACCGUCAUUGACACCCCAGAAAUCCUCCAUGCCCAACAAGUGAAGAGCAUAAUCAGCCAGAAAAAGUACAAAGAAGAGGCUGAGAGAACUAUGUCCCAUUAUGUACCUGUGCUAGACACACCUGAAAUGCAGAGAGUAAGAGAGAACCAGAGAAAUUUCAGUACUCUUCAGUACCAGUCUGACCUUAAAAUCACUAAAGGGAAAGUAACAGUGGUAAAAGACACGCCAGAAAUACUGCGUGUUAAAGAGAAUCAAAAGAAUUUCAGCGUGAUAUUAUACAAAGAAGAUGUUGGAACAGGAACGCCUCUUAAACAAACACCCGAGAUGGAGAGAGUUAAACGUACACAGGAGGCGAUUAGCUCGAUAAAGUACAAAGAAGAUAUUGGAAAAGGAAUCCCUGUUGCUGACCUGCCAGAAGUGAAGCGAAUAAAGGAGACACAGAAGAACAUUAGCUCGAUAAAGUACAAAGAAAGUAUUGGAAAAGGAAUACCAGUCGCUGACCUGCCUGAAUUGAAGCGAGUAAAGGAUGUGCAGAAGAACAUCAGCGCGAUUUUGUACAAAGAAGAUCUUGGAAGAGGAAUAUCUCUUAAGGAUACCCCAGAGAUGGAAAGAGUUAAACGUGUACAGGAGGCGAUUAGCAUGAUAAAGUACAAAGAGGGCAUUGGAAAAGGAAUUGCAGUUCCAGACCUUCCAGAACUGAAACGUAUAAAGGAAACCCAGAGGAACAUCAGCUCGGUAUUAUACAAAGAGGGCUUGGGGAAAGGAACCGCAGUCAUUUUUACUCCCGAGAUGGAGAGAGUCCGACGAAAUCAAGAAAACAUUAGCUCGGUUCUUUAUUCAGAUAGUUUCCGUAGGCAAGUACAAGGCAGAGCUGCCUACGUUAUGGAUACCCCAGAAAUGAGGCGUGUACGGGAAACACAGAGAAUCAUUUCAUCGGUAAAAUACCAUGAGGAUUUUGAGAAGACCAAGGGUAGCUUUACACCUGUAGUUACCGACCCCAUUACAGAACGUGUUAAGAAGAAUAUGCAGGACUUCAGUGACAUUAACUAUCGUGGAAUCCAGAGACGUGUAGUGGAGAUGGAAAGACGAAGAAUUGAACAGAAUGACCAAGAAAACUACACAGGUCUUCGUGUAUGGCGUACCAAUCCUGGUUCAGUGUUUGACUAUGACCCAGCUGAAGACAACAUCCAGUCCAGGAGCUUGCAUAUGAUUUCUGUUCAAGCACAACGUCGCAGUCGUGAGCACUCCCGUUCCGCCAGUGCCUUGAGCCUCAGUGCUGGGGAUGAAAAGUCAGAAGUCUCUGAACCAGAACAUCACCUCACUCUCUACACAAGUGGUGUUGGUGCUGGUGGCUUCUUCACAACCACCACAGCCACCACGGGAGCAGUUUUCCGACAAGCAAAAACUACUGAACUGCCACAACAAAGAUCGUCUUCAGUUGCUACCCAGCUGACAACAGCAUCUUCUGUCCCAUCACAUCCAUCUACUACUGGGAGAACAUUCCGUGCCGUUUACGACUACAUAGCUGCUGAUGAUGAUGAAGUUUCUUUUAAAGAUGGAGACGUAAUCCUGAAUGUGCAGUAUAUUGAUGAAGGCUGGAUGUAUGGAACGGUACAGAGGAGUAAUAAGACGGGCAUGCUUCCUGCAAAUUAUGUGGAAGCCGUCUAAACCACUGUUGUGCAACGAACAGACUAUAUAUCAUGUCUACAUGUUCAAAGAUAAGGCAGCUGCUAUGUACAUGUCUGUAGGAAAUUGUUAAUGUUUCCCAGUGCUAGACUGAGAUAAUUAAUACAAGCGACCAACUUCUAAGAUGCCUUAUCUAAUUCAUGUGGAUAUGCCUUAAGAUACAGUACUAGAAAUAUAACUACUUGUAAAAUAUUUAAAAAAAGUUAACUUGAUUUUCUUUAAUUUCAUCUACAAUCUAUAUAAAUGAAGUGACUAUUUCUACUUAUGGACUUGCAUUAUAAGAAUUUCAUAAUGCACCAGAUAACAUGUUAAAUAAAUUGCAUAAUCUGAAAUCUUCAACUAACUAUGGCAAUUUGCACAAAAAUGCUAAAGAUAUGAUAAACUAUCCCAGAUUUUAAACAAAUAGAUUUUUCAGCAGACUUUGGCAUUGUUGAUUAAGUGCCUAAAGGCUUCUAAACAUUUAUGUAAUACAGCACCUUUUUUCCAAAGCAAUGCCAUGACACAGGAGAAGUUCUGUGAAAAGGAACCCUGCAACACAGUGGUUGUGAUUAGUCUGAACUGUAUGUAUUUAUUAAAGAUCUAGUUUUCUGUUACCUCUUAAAAAUGAACUGGUUUGUUCUUUCUAAUCCACAACUGUACAGUACUGCUGUCUGUUAAAAAGAAGCUGCAAACAUGACUGUUGAACAUUGA